CGGGCUCGGGGCUGGGGCGGGCCGAGGUGCUGCAGGUCAGUGGCUGCUGCUCCGCGCGAGACCUGGCCGCGCGGGACCUGACCACGCGAGACCUCGCCCGCGCGAGGUCCGCCCUCAGCCCGGGCUGCUGGGCAGCGGCCGCCGCCUGGACCGCGGGUGCGCAGGGCCGUGCUCCCGCCAUGACGUCGUGCGGCGCCGACCGGGGGCCGCGGGCCUCGGCCAAGCCGGCCUUGAGCGCGGCGCAGGCCCGCGCGCUGCUGGAGGCCGAGUUCGGGCUCCCGGCGUCGCAGGUGCGGCCGCUGCCGAGCUACGACGACCAGAACUUCCACGUGCGGGCGCCCUUGGCGGGGGGCCCCGCCGAGUUCGUCCUCAAGAUCAGCAACGCGGAGGCCAGCAGGACCCCCGAGCUCAUCGACGUGCAGAGCCGCGCGGUCGCCUUCCUGCACCAGGCGGGCUUCCCCACGGCCUCCGUGCGGCCGGCCAGAGGCGGCGGCGUCGCCGCGCUGGUGUCCGUGGACUGCGGCUCCCGAACCCAGAGCCACCUGGUGAGGCUGCUGACCUUCCUCCCGGGGCGGCCCGUGGCCGAGGUCCCCGUCGGCCCCCGGCUGCUGUAUGAGAUCGGGAGGCUGGCUGCCACCCUGGAUAAGACGCUGGAGGAGUUCCACCACCCGCAGCUCAGCUGCCUCCGCCGGGAGGACUUCAUCUGGAACCUGAGGAACGUGCCUCUCCUGGAGCCGUACCUGGACGCCCUGGGCCCGGGUCCGAACCGGGAGAUGGUGGAGCGGGUCAUCCGGCUGUUCAAGAACGAGGUCACGGCCAAGCUCAGUCACUUCCGGGAGUGUAUCAAUCACGGGGACCUCAACGACCAUAACAUUUUGGUGGAGCCCUGCGAGCCGGCCUCCGGGGACCCCGCCUUCCGCGUGUCCGGGAUCUUGGACUUCGAGGACAUGAGCUACGGCUGCUACGUGUUCGAGGUGGCGAUCGCCAUCAUGUACAUGAUGAUCGAGAGCCGGGACCCCGUCGGGGUGGGUGGCCACGUGCUGGCGGGGUUCGAGAGCGUCGUCCCGCUGACGCCGGCCGAGCGGGGCGCCCUGUUCCUGCUCGUGUGCGGGCGCUUCUGCCAGUCGCUGGUCAUGGCCGCGCACUCCUGCCGGCUGCACCCCGAGAACGCCGAGUACCUCAUGAUCACGGCGAAAACCGGGUGGAGGCACCUGCAGCGCAUGCUCGCCCUGGGCCGGGCGGCCGUCGAGGAGACCUGGUUCCGCACCGCCAGGUCCUACGGAUCCGGGGACUCCGUGUGACCCGGGCGGAAGCUCGCAAAAACGAGGGGAGUUAAACCCGGUGGGACCAAAGCUCAGUGGGCGAGGGAUGUUCCUGCACAGUUAACAAUGAGGGGAUGGGCCCUGGCCGGUGUGGCUCAGUGGAUAGAGCGCCAGUCUGUGGACUGAAGGGUCCCGGGUUCGAUUCCGGUCAAGGGCAUGGACCUUGGUUGCGGGCACGUCCCCAGUGUG